AUGAUCUCUACUAUUCAGCUGUUUUCAUGGCUGUUACUUCUAGCUGAAGGAAGAGUCGACAGUGGAAGUACAAAUGCUGAUCCCACGAGAGGGUACGUCGCGCUUCCUCUGACUGCAUCACAUAUGAAAGUUCAGUGGCCGUAUGACCUGCGAAAGGAGGAGCGUUACAGCUUUGCCAAUGGCGUCCACACGCUCAAGGUUUACUCCAACGACAAGCCAUUCAAACAACACAGCCCCACCAAGCCUCGCACAGAAGUCCAUAUAACCGGAUACGAUUAUUCGUCUGGAGUGUGGCAGUUCGAAGGGCAUGGUUUCGUCCCGAGCGGGACAUCUGGUGUGUGCAUAAUGCAGGUCUUCGGUGCGAGCGAGCACGCUUCGACUCUGAUGGUUCGAGUUUACGGCGGCAACCUGGCGAUCUACAGGUCCAAAGUCCUUCCCGACAUCUACGACAGAUGGUUCAGGUUGAACGUGAUUCACAAUGUGGAUGAUGGUGAGGUCAAGGUCUACGUCGACAGAUCACUUGUGUAUAAAGGACCCGAUCACGGCGGCAAGUCUCACUACUUCAAGUUUGGAGUCUAUGCUCAGAAUGAUGAUUCUCGUCUCAUGGAAUCUCGUUGGAAAGGAAUCAAGAUUUUAAGAAAGAAGUCAUAG